AUGGCUCGCACAGCAUCGCUAGGAAAGAGAGCCCGGGGUAUCGACGAGACUGAUAUCCCCUGCCCAGUCACUACUCCUAAGCGAAGUCGACGUCUUGCAAAGGCUGCCUUUUAUAACGACGAAAACCAAGAUCCUGCACACUCCCCUUUCGACGACGAAGAAGACGAUGUGUUGGCCGAGCUACCUCCUCGAACUCGAAAGUCCCCGUCACAAACAACUACAAAGCAGAACCCCGUCACACCUUCCACACCACGACACCGAGAUGCUCUAUCGGUUCCUCCUACCACGCCUAGACAUGCUGUCAUGUCGGCAGGCAAGCUCUUCAAACGAUUGACACCACACACACCACUUUCACCAAGUACCAUCCAAACCGUCUACCACCAAGCACGACAAUUGUUUGCUCGUGGAGCAGAGCCUGGUCAACUUGUCGGUCGAGAGGAGGAACGAAACCAACUCACACAAUUUCUCAACCGAUACGCCUCUUCCACCCCUAAUGGCUGCCUUUACGUUAGCGGACCCCCAGGCACAGGCAAGAGUGCUAUGAUCACCGAGAUUACUCGACAAUAUGCCAACCACAAGGACCUCCAAUCUGCCUAUGUCAACUGUAUGAGCGUCAAGUCUUCCAAGGAUCUCUACACUACACUGCUUGGCGCUCUUGGUCAAGGCUUCGAUGCAUCUGAGGCAGAUGCUAUCACCACUCUGCAAGGAAUGUUUGUGCCAAAGACGAAAUCAGGCACCGUUUACCUGGUUACAUUGGACGAGAUCGACCAUAUCCUGACCAUGGGCUUGGAGAGUUUGUAUCGAGUGUUCGAAUGGUCACUACAAAAGAACUCCCGUCUCAUCCUUGUCGGUAUCGCCAACGCUCUGGACCUGACUGAUCGAUUCCUUCCUCGACUGAAGGCCAAAAACCUCAAGCCUGACCUUAUGGCAUUCCUCCCUUACACGGCAACUCAAGUCAAGAACAUCAUCACCACACGGCUCCAAUCACUGAUGCCUGCUGGGGGCAAGGAAGGAUGGGUGCCGUUCAUCCACCCUGCCGCCAUCGACCUUUGCUCCCGCAAGGUUUCAAAGCAGACUGGAGAUCUUCGCAAGGCCUUUGAGAUCUGUCGGCGCGCACUGGACCUGAUAGAGGUUGAGACUCGAUCAAAGCAUGAGGAGGAGGCGAGGGAGGAACUAUUGCAAAUGUCACCUUCCAAGCGACCUCUUGGGGAGAACAUCAACGGGGCGUCAGGUGGCCCAAGAAGCGUGGUGCAGGUUAUGGCCAACUCUCUCAAGGCUCUCACAGCAGAAACGGCACCCCGCGCAUCAAUCAGCCAUCUCAACAAGAUCACGGCAGCAGCUUUCAGCAAUGGAACUACACAGCGACUCAAGGCACUCAACCUCCAACAGAAAGCUGCUCUUUGUGCCUUGGUGGCUUACGAGAAGCGAAUCCGAUCUGCAGCCAAGAUGGCCAAUGGCGGCGCUACACCCUCAAAGUCGAAACUGCUGGCACCUACUAUCAAGACUUUGUUCGACGCAUACUGUCAGCUAUGCACACGUGAUUCUGUUCUGCACCCACUUUCAAGUUCUGAAUUCCGCGAGGUUGCAGGCAGCCUCGAGACUUUGGGAUUGGUCACCGCAUCAGACGGAAAGACUGGAAGUUUUGCUGCACCACAGACACCCAGUAAGAGGGGACGCAAGACUAUGGCUGCGACUGGAGAUGAGCGAAGACUCACAAGCUGUGUCGCAGAGAAGGAGAUGGAGUCUGUAGCCGACGGUAUCGGCGCAGCUAUUUUGAAGAGCAUUCUGAGCGGAGAAGCAUUGGAUUAG